CUUUUGACCAAUACAAACCCACAGACUACUACUAUUAUAGCACCAUGGCUUCCGCAAGCAGCAAGAAGAACCCCGGAGUCCUGGAUCACAUUGGAAAGAUUUUUGGAGGGGACAAAAAGAAGAAGAGCAAGGGCUCUUUCCGAGGUGCUCUCUCUCCUGCUCCUCAGAAAGCAGCAGCCUCUCAGAAGAAGAAGGGAGCAGACAGCGCCGUGGUCACGUUCCUUCGUAGCAUUGUAUCCCCUGCCCCUCCCAAGUCUAGGUGGAGAGGACUAGCCACCAAGAUAGGCCUGGGUGAUCAGAAGUCACAGCCAAAAGCCAAGAAGGCCGCUGCAGGAGACGGCAAAGGGACCCUGACUAGGAUGUUCAAAAUGGGGAGCCGGAGCGCGUCUCCAUCCAAACGCUGAGGCCUCUCCACCCUGUCUGUGCCAUCGGACCCCACCGUACAAAGAGGGGAACAGAGAAGAAAUGUCCAACUGUCACUACCUUUUCUGCACUCACAACCUUCUAUCCAACUGUAACCUCCUAACUUUGCUCCGUUUUGGCUGGUAAUAAGCGACACAAUCUGUUUCAUGUUAUGCUAAUUCCUUCCAUUGUCCCAUUAUGCCCCGAGCACGCCCUGUAGCCGCUCGCAAGUGCAGCCUGAAUGACCCCCCCCCCCGUGACCCCUGCCGUGGCUCUCUCAAUAUCUCAGUCUUUGCUUUAUUGUAAAUGUACGAUUUUUCUAACACAGUCUGGCUCAAUGGAUAAGUGCUUGGAGAAUUUGAAGGUUAUAAGGCCGGUUGCAAGCUAUGAAACUUGACCGUCAUUGCCUCUUGAAGAUGGGAGGAAACGUCCAGUGCAUUUCUAUGAGCAAAGAGCGGUUUUAUGUCCUGUCUUGUUGUCUGUGUCUAUAUAUAUAUAUCAUUUUAUCCUGAAUAUUUCUGGCUAACUAUUUUACAAAGCAGAGAGAGCCAUAAUAGUCAAUAUCCCUUUGUAAUUAGUAUGUCUUUGUCUUUUUAUGUCGUUAGUGUUGUUAGGGCGUCCACUGGAUGUGACUUGAGUGGGUUUGUCUAAAACUUCUAAAUACAUUUUGGGAAAGAUAAAAAAAAAUAAAAAAAACUGAUUGAUCUGGAUAAAACACUAAUAUUAUUGUACAUAUUCUGUCCAGGCCAAUUAUAAUGUGCAUGGUAAACGUUUUACAUUAUUAAUUGUAUGUUCAGUAUAUGUAUCGUUUGGCUACUAUGCAAAAAGAUUUUUACCAAAGUAAGGAAUUUCCCAUAGAGGAUAUUUCAAACACAUUUUCAACAUGGUGCUCAAUGUGACUAACUCCAUAUUUGAUAAAGUAUUUUUUGUCCAAUGAGAAAGUUGAAAUACUGAAAUAUAUAUACAAUUUAAGUACCGUCACUACUAUGUACUGUACUUUUCAAAAUGCAUACGUGAUCCUUGUCUCUCUCAUGUCUGUGUGUGCUUGAGUCGUGCUGUUUUUCAAUAAGAAUGAAUGUAAAUCCACCCUUUCCCAUCAUUCUAAGUGUAAUAAACAUGACCAGCCACUUAACGGAUAAUAAAAAAAUAAAAAUGAUAAAACCUACUCGAGUGAAGU